GCGUGAGAGGCGCGAGCUAAAAAAAAACAUGGCGGCGAUUUUUUUGUUCGCGGGGCGAGAUGGACGCCUAUAGGGCGCUCGGCUUCGUCUCGCUCCUCAUUUGAAGGCCGUUUCCUUUUGUUUCGCGUCGUGCCAUCGCGACUACGACAGUCGUCCUUCGUUUUUGGGUCGUUUUUUCCAAGAGAGCAAUGAGGGGCAGGCGAGGCAGACCGCCCAAAGCCAUCGUGCUAGGCCAAGGCGAAGCCUCGGCGUCGCCUGGAGGCCCCGCGGGGAGACUGCGCGGCGGCCGGGCCCGUGCCGGCGGCGUGGCCGCGGUCAUCGCUCACGGGCCGCUCGGGCCCGCGAUGCCGGCGUCCCGAGCCGGCGUUGGCUCCGCGGCGGCCGGGCGCAGGGGAGGAGGAGGAGGCCGUGCGGCGGCACUGCGCUCGAAGAAGCUCAUGUCCAAGGUAAUAGCGGGGCGCGACAGCAGCGAAGACGACGAAGAAGAGGAGGAGGAGGAAGAAGAGGAGGAGGAGGACAGCUACAUGGAUGAUGAUUCUGACUACAACCGCGGAGCCAGCGAGGAGGAUGAGGUGGACGCGCUCGAAGAGGACGACGAGGACGACCUGAGCUUCUGCACGGAGAAGAGCAGCGACAGCGGAGCCCCCGGUCGCAAGCGUCCAUUCCGUGCACCACGGCCCCCGAGCCCGCCAUGCGAGGAGAAGGACGUGCCUCCGCUCACGCUGCCGCGCUCCUCCGAGGACCUACUGGUACCCUCCGAGCACAUCAUGGAGGCACUGGGCGUGUACGAGGUCCUGCGGCGGUUCCGCACCCCAUUGCGCCUCUCACCCUUCCGGUUCGAGGACUUCUGCGCCGCCGUAGCUGCCCAGGAGCAGUGUGCGCUGCUCACGGAGACACACCUGGCGCUGCUGAGAGCCGUCCUCAAGGAGGAAGACUCAACGGGCACCUCGUUUGGCCCGGCUGAUCUGAAGGAUUCCAUCAACUCGACCCUCUACCUUCUGGACGCGAUGACUUGGCCCGAGGUGACGCGCUCGUACUGCGAGAGUGACCCCAAGGAGCUGGGCGCCCCGCUGAAUACCCUCGACCUGGAGGACUUCCCCUACGGCCCCCUCAUACCAGGAAAGCUGCGCGUGCUUCGCUUCCUCACGGACCAGUUUGUGACAUCGACGCCGGCGCGUGAGGAGCUCGUGUCCGAGGGCACGAUCCAGUACGACGACCACUGCCGUGCGUGCCACCGCCUUGGCGACCUGCUCUGCUGCGAGACGUGCCCAGCCGUCUAUCACCUGGAGUGCGUCCGCCCGCCGCUCGCCGAGGUGCCCGAGGACGAGUGGCAGUGCGAGGUGUGCACCGCGCACCGCGUGCCCGGCGUCACGGGCUGCGUGCCCGAGGCCGAGGGCGCUGUGCCGUACGUGCGGCACGAACCGCUGGGCUACGACCGCCACCGCCGCAAGUACUGGUUCCUCGCUCGCCGCAUCAUUGUGGAGGAGGAGGAGAACGUGGACGGCUCCAGCAAGCCGGUGUGGUACUACAGCAGCCGGGCGCAGCUUGCCGAGCUGCUCGAGAGCCUGGACUCGGAGCGCUGGGAGGCCGAGCUGUGCCGUGCUCUUGAGGAGUCCCGAGAAGAGAUCCACCGCCACAUGGACGUCACGUCGGAGCUCACCGAGAAGGCACGAGGCAACGCCCGCUCCUACCUCUCCAGCGUCAACGAGGAGAUCUUGGAGAGGCAGAAGGUGAAGCGAGAGGUCGAGAUGGAAGAACUAAAACGCAAGAUGGCUGAGGAGUCGGAGCGAGCGCGCAAGGAGGCAGAGGAGAAGGGGGAGGAGAUCUGCAGUGAACCUGUGAAUGGAAGUGCAGGGGAAGGUAGUAAAGACAACGAGGAGGCCUCUGGGAUUGGGCAGGCGGCAUCUGCGGAUCAAGACGGAGCCAAGGAAGGCACGGAGAGCACACGGGAGUCCUCCAGAGGCGACGAGGCCAGCAAAACCACAGAGGACGACAAGGCUGCCAAUCCACCACCUGCCGCUGAUGGAUCUGGAGACUCCAAGUCAGGCUCUUCUGCAAGCCGUGCAUGCAGUCCCAUUGCCAGCGGCAACACAGAUCUGGAUGCCCAGCAGCCUUCCCAGAAUGCAGCGGCAUCAGCGACUUCCGACCUCCCUGGGCUGGACUUCCCUGACAAUGUGUCUCAAAAAUCUGACACCUCCAGCCAAAAUGAGUCGGUAUGCAGCAGCAAUAAAUCUGGCAAGACCUCAGCUGAUGGGGAGUCAUCAAACGGUGGCAACGGCUCGGAGACGGGCAAGGGGCCCACACCCACUGCCACGCGCAUGGUGACCCGAUUGCGCAACCCCGAGAGCAAGCUGAACCAGCUGAAGAGUGCGCAAGCGGCCGCCGCCGUGCAUGAAGCCAACAAGAGUUUCAAGGAGGGAAAGGAGGUGCUGGUGAUCAACUCAUCAGGCGAGGUGUCACGGCUGAGCGUGCGCCGCGAGCUGGUUAUGAGGGGCACGUUGCCGAGCCAGCUUUUCAAGCUGGGUCAGGAGGGCAAGUACCGCGUUUACCAGAACCAGUACACGAGCAACCCGCUUGCCCUCAACAAGCACCAGCACCGCGAGGAGAACGACAAGCGGCGCCACCUCGCGCACAAGUUCAGCCUCGCCGGUGCCAGCUCGGGCGCGGGACUCGUUGCCACCACAGGAAGCAACUCUUCAACCUCCUUGCCGGGAGAAUUCAAGUGGGGCGGUGCGGUGCACGGGCUGCGCACGCUCAACGUGUCCACACUGCGCCUCACCAUUAUACAGCUCGAGAACAACGUUCCCGCGCCAUUCCUGCACCCAAACUGGGCCGCACACAGAAACAACUGGAUCAAGGCGGUACAGAUGUGCAACAAACCGCGUGAGUUUGCCCUGGCGCUUGCCAUCUUGGAGUGUGCCAUCAAGCCUGUGGUCAUGCUGCCCGUGUGGAAGGAGUCACUGGGACACACGAGGCUGCGUCGGAUGACAGCAGUCGAGAAAGAGGAAAAAGAGAAGUCCCGGAAGAGAGAGAGGCGGCAGGAGGAGGAGGAAGUGAUGCAGCAGGCGACAUGGGUCAAGUAUACUAUCCCUAUAAAGCACCAGGUGUGGAAGCAGAAGGGUGAGGAGUACCGUGUGACGGGCUAUGGUGGCUGGAUGUGGGUGAGCCGCACUCACGUGGCACGGUUCAACCCGCGUCUGCCCGGCACCACCAACCCCAACUACCGGCAGCAAGCGGAGAGUGCGGUCGCGUCCGCAGAAACACCCAUGCGCACAGAGGUUGCGGCUGGGACAAACGCUGGCACAGGGCACAGCGCCGUGGCUCCCGGGAAGGGAGGCCGGGUCACGCGAUCCACCAAGGACAGGGUACAGACGCCGACCAAUGGGGCUCCCAAGGUUGAGGCGGUGGAGGCCGGGGAGGAGGCAGUGAAGACCGGCACAAAAGAUUCAAAGCCUCCCCUGACGGAGGAAAAAACAGACGCCAGUGCACGGCUACAGCCCAAUGACAAAGAUGAUGCAGAUGUGAAGGGAUCAGAGACGUCACCUGUCAAGGAAGAACCAAUGGAGGUAGAUGUUUGCCUUCCAACUGAUGAGCCAGAGCAGCAGCAGCAGGUGCCCAAACAGGAGGCAUGCGAAGGUACUCAGAGCAACAGCAGUGGAGACGGUAAAGGCACCCAAAUGGAUGAACAAACACACACCGGCGCAGAUGGGAAAAAUGAAGAGGCAGACAGAAAAACGGAAGAGAAAGUGGACAACAAAGCAGACAGCAAAGAGGGCAAAGCUGAAUCGACUGGUGCCAAAGCAGGAAUUGAGUCUGACACUGUGAAAUCGGAGUCGGUCGUGCCCACGGAGAGCAACUUGAAACCCAAAGUGGAGCUGCGGGCGGGCAGCGGGGAGAACUUGCUUGGUUCUGAGGGCCGCACGGAGCGCAAGGAGGGCGCCAGCGAGGGGGAAGGAGACGAUGCGCCUCUUCCCCCCGUGGACCUGGUGAACGUGAGCGCAGGGUUCCUAGCGCGCACGUGGUAUCGGCGGAAAGUCAAGCCGUCGCGGCUCGAUGGGUUGCUGGAGCGGCGGCAGAAGCAGUUUGUGUUGGAGGAGCGGCAGCGGCUGCAGAUAAAGACCACCGGGCAGCGGCCCACGCAGUCGGCAGCUGUGACGGCAACACCCUGUGUCGGGGGCACCGCAGCCAUUGUUGCUACCGCUGCGCCCACCACCACAGCUGCAUUAACCACCACAACUCCGGCCACCACCGUUACCACCGCAGCCGUCGCGUCUCUUCCGACAUCCAUCAUGACUUCAGCGGCUGCUACUACAGCUUCCUCUGCUGUCACUACAGCUACAACUGCUGCUACCACAACUCCAGCAACCACCACCACCACAGUGUCAGCUGGCAGUGAUGUUGCUGUGGCAUCUUCAGAAUCAACACCAAAUACAGUAACACAGCAACAAUCCAGCAGCGAUGAAAACAAAGAUCCAGCCUUGCCAGCACCAUCGCAGGCUGCCCCAAAUUCCGCUGCUGCAAAUGUGAACGUGAACGAUCACAGGACUGAUCUUAAGUUGGAUGGCACAGUGGUCAAAGACAGUGCGAUGCAGGUGGCACAGACUGAGGGGCCAACCCCGGUCUCUACAAGUGAUGAGCCACCUUUGUCAGGAGAGGGAGCUCUCCCAAAAAUUUCAAACGCCAUGGAGAAGGACACAGGGGAGAAGGCUUGUGUGGAACAGAAGGAGGAUCCAGGCUCUCAGCUUGACAGGACUGAACGCAGCAAUCCAUCUACGAAACAAGCAGAUGCCCCCGGAGCCGACCACAAAGAGAUCACACUUCCGGGUGAUGCCUGCUCCGCUGGAGACGCGAGCUCAGAGAAGGCAGCACCGCCAGCCGAAAAUGAGAAGCGCGUGGAGGCAGUGAAUGCCGUGCCAUCCUCGCUCGCAGUGAAGGACAAGAAGAGUGAGGUGAUGAACGGCACCAAAGCACCAGCAGAUGCCAUCACGACGACCGGCGAUGGUAUAGGCACUGGGAAACCUGCAGGGGGUGGUGCUCUGGUUACGAAAGCUGGCAAGGAGAACGGGCAGCAGCUGGUGGUGAAUGGGGACGUGGCAGGGGAAGACAGCGAUGAUGGGGAGGAAGGGCCUUUGGCGAAGCGGGCGGCAAAGCACUUGCCUGUGACGUUGGGAAAAACGCAGCCCGAGAUGCCCAUCGCCCCUCCUGCCACCGACAAAUCGGCGCCUCUUAACCACGUGAGUGCAUGUAACAGCAAUAACGGUAGUAAGGAUGUGGUGUCGUCCAAUUCUGAUGAUGGAAAGAUGGAGGUCGACUUGAUGGACGGGAGCAUCCGUGAGGUCGGGAAGGCCGACGGUAAUGCCACGGCUGCGCUGGCAGUCACCACCAUGACGACCGUUACCACCACGACCACCGUCAUGAUGGAGUCCCGCACGACCACCACCACCACCAUGGUGGAUGGCGCAGUCGCGCCCGCCGGCAACGGAGCGUCCCCCCCACCGGUGACCACCUCCACGGCCACAAGUGCUGUUGUGUCCACGCUGAAAACGCUGAGCAGUGCCACCGAGGCGAAAAUAACCACCGGUGCUGCGCUUACGGUGGCGACGACCACAACUACUUCGUCGUCCGUCAUGACGACGAGCGUGCUGAGCACGGCGUUGGUGACGGCGUCACCCGACCACUCGACGCGCGACCGCGUGAAGCUGCAGCGGUUCGCGAGGCCGCGCAAGGCGCGUUCCACCACGGCGCUGCCGUCCUACCGCAAGUUUGUGACGCGCAGCGGGCGCAAGAGCGUGUUCGUGCUGCCCAGCGAGGAGCUGCGCAAGCUGGCGCGCCGCGCCGCCGUGCGCGAGGUACUGGGCUUCAGCUACAUGGCAAAGCCCGCCUGGGACGUUUGGCCGUACCCUGCACCCCGGCCCACGUUCGCCAUCGCCUGGAGGUACCGGCUGCAGACGGUGCGGUCUCUCGCAGCUGCCAGCCUCAUGCUACGGCUACUGUGGGCAUGCCUGCGCUGGGAUGAGAUGCUGGUCAAGCCGUCUGGUUCCUCCACACGCACCGAAACAACCGACACGGAGAUCACGACGACGGAGAUCAUCAAGCGGCGUGACGUGGGAAUGUUUGGUCUUCGCUCCGAGUACUGCAUCCGCAAGAUCAUCUGCCCCAUCGAUGUCCCCGAGACCACCAAGGAGACGCCCACUCCCCAGCGCAAAGGACUGCGCUCAAGUGCCCUGAGGCCCAAGAAGCCUGAGGGACCGAGGCAAACUGAGCCAGUUGUCAUGGAGACGUGGCUGGCUGAGGAGGAGCUUGAACUCUGGGAGAUCAGGGCCUUUUCUGAGAGGGUUGAGAAGGAGAAAGCGGCUGCCCUGGAGCAGCAUGCCAAGGCAGCCGAACACAAAAAGAACGAAGAGUUCAAAGCACAGAUGGAGGUACAGCUGAAGCAGCAGAGGCUCGCCGCACAGCAGAAGCGGCUCAGCGCGGGCGAGCAGUUGAAGGGAACGACCGUGACGCUCACGACGUGCGGCACGUCCAGCACACCCGGCACAACCACACAGACGGUGGUCGUCGGCUCGGUGGGCGGCCAAACCAUCGGUCCUGGUACCAAGCUGCUCAUCAGCAAAGUCGGUGGCUCUCCAGUCAGCGGAGGGAGCACGCCCGUCACCUUCCAGACCGGACGAAACUUCCAGCAGAGCUUUGCCACCUGGAUCGGCAAGGCGGGCACGGGGCAGACCGUGGUGAGCUCAGCGGGCGGCACACCUGUAAGCGGCACACAGACAAUCCAGAUCUCGAGCUCCUCUCUGGGCAUGACUAAGUUGCCUCUUCCGGCGAAUAGCAAGAUUGUCACGCUUAAUGUGCCCACGUCCCAACCCGGUGUCAUACACCAGAAGGUGCUGAGCAUCCUGCCCGCUUCGGGCACGACCGGGCAACAGACGUUUGCAACAUACCAGCCGCGCACCGCCACCAUCACCUUCCGGCAGAGCAUGCCGGGGUCUGGCACCACACAGCAGUUGAUCACGUCGGCAGGUGGCACGACCACCAUCCGACCUGGGGUGACCCUCAUUAGAGGCGCUUUGCAGCAGACGGGCACGACACUGGGCAAGACCGUGAUGCGCACACCUCUGAUUGUGCAGCAAGGUAUACUCCCUCUGAGCCAAACCCAGCAGGUCGUCACGCAGAUCAUCCGCGGCCAGCCAGUCUCCACUGCCAUCUCCACACCGGGCAGCUCAGGCCUCCACAAGGUCCUGUCUACUGCGGCGGCGGCAGCAGCUGGGGCCUCCACGCCCGGCACACCCGUGGCCUCUUCCACAGCCUCUCCCACCACCACCACGCAGGCCAUCCAGCCUCGCCUGCCCCAGUCAGUGGUGGGCACACCCGUUGCCCGUCCACCGCAUAGCCAGGUGCGGCUGACGGCCGCGCAGAUCUCGCAGCUCACGCAGGGACAGAGUGGUGGGCAGGGCCUGCGAGUGGUGGUUCAGGGGCAAGGCCAGACCCAAGGGCAGCUGCAGCUUAUCCCUCGAGGGGUGGUGCUGAUACCAGGCCCAGGGCAGCAGCUCAUGCAGGCGGCCAUGCCUGAUGGCUCCAUCCAGAGGUUUCUCUUCACGCCCGCGCAGAAUCUUGCCGCCACACCAGAGCAGAAGCCACCACCAUCCCCGGCCCCAGCGUCAACCCCAACUCCGAGCUCUGCCUUGACCCCAACCUCGGUCUCAACCCCAGCAUCAUCCCAAACCCCAGCACCAGCCCUGGCUCCGGCUACAGGUUCAGCCGUGACUGCGGCUCUGGUGGCAAAAGUUGCGACGCCAGCAGCGGUCACGAAACCCGCGCUGCCGCAUGUGCAGAUACAGCAGCCGCCCGUACCAGCACCAGCGACGCAGCCGGCACCGCUGUCUCUGCCGCAGACUCAGCUGCACGUGUCUCAGCCGCAGCUGGCAGCACAGCCCCAGACGCAGCCGGUGCAGACACCACCGCCGCCGCCGCAGCAGCAGCAGCAGCAGCAGCCACAGCUGUUGGCCACGGCCGCUACGGCAGCCGUCGGUACGACAACUGCGAGCGCCGUACAAGCGCCGGCGCAGGUGGAGGCGCGGCUGCAGGCGCAGGUGGAGGCGCGGCUGCAGGCGCAGACGCCAGCUGUGCAGGCGACGACGCAGAUCCAGGCGGUGGCGCAGGUGCAGGCGGCCACGGCGGCACCGGCGGCGGUGGCUGUGGCGCAGCAGCCACAAGUGCAGACGCAGCUGCAGGGCCAAGCGCCAGCCGUGGUGACGACGCGGCAGGUGCUCCUGCAGUCGCCCCAGAACCUGCAGCUGCACUUCCAGCCGGCGACGGGCACCGUGCAGAUCGCGCCAGUCGCCACCACUACGCCGCAGUCCCCUCCGCGGCAGCUCGUGCAGACCGUGGUGAGCGUGCAGGCGGCGAGCGUACAGGAGCAGCUGCAGAAGAUCCAGCAGAUGCAGGCACAGCGGCAGCAGCAGCAGCAGCAGCGCAAGCUGGCACAGCAGGCGCGCAAGGCCUCGGAGACGCCGGCGUCGCAGGCGGCGGGGCAGGCCAACUUGCUGCACAAGCAGAUUGUGCAAAAGCAGAGUGCUGUGAUCGAGCAGCUGAAGGCCAAGAGCCGCACCAUGUCACCAGCCGAACGAGAAGACACCCAGAGGCUGCUCGUGUGCAACCAGGUGCUCAAGUCCAUCCUCGACCGCAUCGACCGCGACGAGCGCACCGAACAGAAGAAGCGCAAGCGCGAGGAGUCGGUGGAGCAGCGGCGCAGCAAGGCGAGCGCCGGUCGCCUCUCGGCCCUGCUCUUCAAGCACAAGGAGCAGCUCCGUGCAGAGAUCCUCAAAAAGCGCGGUCUCCUGGAGAAAGAGCUGCACCUGGAAGUGCAGGACGAGCUAAAGCAGGACCUGAAGCGCCUGAAGCGGGAGGAGAAGAGGCCGCCCAGCUUGGGGCCAGCGGUGGCCGCCCCGGUGGCCAGCGGGCCCUCGCAUGCCGCCCACUCCCCCGCCACAUCGCCCUCCUCCGCCAGCAAGCGCAAGCGCGACUCGGACACUACCAGCUCCAAGGCCAAGCGCAAGAAGAUGAUCACCACCUCCUCCCGGGGCGACACCAAGAGAGACACGAAGCUCUACUGCGUCUGCAAGACACCCUACGACUCGUCCAAGUUCUACAUCGGCUGCGACCUGUGCACCAACUGGUUCCACGGCGCAUGCGUGGGCGUGACGGACCGCGACGCCGAGACCAUGGACGAGUACGUGUGUGACGAGUGCCGCAACGCACAGGAGGGCAGCAGCGAGGAGCUUUAUUGUAUCUGCAAGACUCCCUACGACGAGUCGCAAUUCUACAUCGGCUGCGACCGCUGCCAGAACUGGUUCCACGGCCGCUGCGUAGGCGUGCUGCAGAGCGAGGCGGAGUUCAUCGACGAGUACGUGUGCCCCAACUGCCAGUCGGCCGAGGACGUGAUGACGGCGCUCAGCCCGCUAACGGAGCGCGACUACGACGGCCUUAAGAGGAUCCUGCGCUCCAUGCAGGUACACAAGAUGGCAUGGCCUUUCCUAGAGCCAGUCGACGAAGAGGAAGCACCUGGGUACUACGAAGUCAUCAAAGAGCCCAUGGACUUGUCGACCAUCGAGAAGAGGCUCAGCUCGCGCUUCUACUCAAAGCUGGCCGAGUUUGUGGGUGACAUGACCAAGAUGUUCGACAACUGCCGCUACUACAACCCCGGUGAAUCGACCUUCGCCAAGUGCGCGGAGGUCCUCGAGACAUUCUUCGUGCAGAAGCUCAAAAGUUUCAAGGCCAACAGGACGGGGGGCUUCACGAAGACGGGCCAGGCGACCACAAUUUCGGCUUUAAAAGGAAAGAAGCCGGGCUUUCCGUGCGUGCAGUAGAUGUGCGCAGACAGGCUUGCCAGUUUGUCGAAUUUGGUUUAACAGGCCUGGCGCUGCCGUCUCCUGUUUCAAAUGCUAGGCAUGUUGGGUGGAUGAGGUGGGAUGGCGGCAGGAGUUUCAGCAGCUCGUGAGGGGUCUCCAACUGAUGACCGCGGUUGGAAUGGAGGAUGGGCAACGAGAAUAGGGAACCUUGCCGUGGGUUAAAAAAAAAUCUAUAAAAAAAAAGUAGAAAGUAGCAGAAAAAAUUACAGUGACUGUAUUGAAUUUUGUAUUUAAAAAGAAAAAUGAAAAAAUGGCUAAGUUGACUUCCAAAGCCAACUUAAAUCCCAAACAUGUCACUAAUCGCAGUGACCUUUUUUCUCUCCAUAGUAGUUUUAACUGCACCAUACCUUAGCCCAUGAGCUCUGUACAUAAGUCAUGUGUGUGUUGUAGAAUUUUUUUAUUUUAAUAAAAAAAAAACAGUGUCCCCCUUAUCUUUCUCGGCUUCCCCUCCAUUGGCCUUUCCCACCUCCCGUUUCCCACCUUAAAAUAACUAAGCAGGAACUCUUUACCCCCCCCCCCUUCCUCACCAUCCCCUCCCAUUCCCAUCUCGUGCGGAAAUAAGCUAGCGAUUGCGCUUUCUAUCUGUGGGGCAGUGCAAAACAGCAGCGAUUCACAAGUGUGUGUGUAAUUCAAAAAAAUGACACCCUAUGCGUUUCAGGGGUACGGGGAUAACAAAAACACCGGCUGGUGGAAGACUCAACCGCACCCACUGUUAAAAUGAGUUGUUUCACUCGCACGCACGCACACACACGUGUGUGUGUGUGCUUUUGAAUGGAUCAGGGAGGCGCCUCACUUUGUUUUGAGCACCCCUCCAACCAACGCCCCCAAGCCCCCUUUGGAAACAUACUUCGUCGAGUAUCAAAAUGUGCGCGCCGCGACACGCGAUUUUCCGUGCGUCCUGUGCUAUAGGUUAGCGUAUGCGUGGGUUUUUUUUGUUCAAGCAGUCGAUAAAUUGUGCUCUUACUAGUGGCUUGACCGAUCAGUCACUCGACUCUCCCUGCCAAUUACGGUUGAUUGCGGAAGUAUGUGUUUUUCUCAAUUAUUCCCUUUUUGCUCUUGGCUCUUUUUGAAAAAAGACACCGGUCCAAAAUUUUUUAUUUUUUACUCUUUGAAAAAUAAGCGAAAUGCACAUCGAGUGCUGCGAAAGCCAAACGAGUGUGGUCGUUAAUACUGUACUACAACUUGGUCUGCCCCACUGAUUCCACACGCUUAAAGGUGUCGACAUAAUUCUUAUUGGAAAGGCGUUCACUCAUAAAAAAACAAUCGACUGUAUGAUGUGGACGUAAAUUUAGGUCUCAUACCGACGCUAGAUUGUAUUUAAUAACGUGCCCAGUUUUUUGCAGCAGGCCUUCCAGCAAUCGGGCACAUGGAGUCAUUUUGCAGAAAGCAUCCAGUGCAAGCAAGGCUUGUCUUGAAUCUAGUGUAUAUGUGAAUGAAAAACAAGAAACGCUGAUGCUCGGUUUAACUUCUUUGCAAAACCUCUAACUCCUCAAGCAGUUGGCCUCGAACUCCUGUUCAUCCAAAUGUGUUCCGCCGUACGAUUUUUUAAUGAUCGAAAAUAUGACUUCAGGCAGUGACGCCUAAAAGCCCAACCUGCGUGUUCAGUCCACAUACUGUCAUGCUAGAAUCGGAGCCACCUUUGCAAAUCGCCCGACUCCAGUCUCCUGGUGCCGUCAGCAUUCGUCCGAUCUUUUGAUGCCCACGUGGUUUAGUAGUGAUGCUGAAACCAUUUACAAAUGUCUGAAUUGUCAGAUAUCGGCACUUCACAAAUCCCAAAAGGAGGCUGAAAUGAGGUAUUCCAUUUGUUUAUCUGGACAUGGUAAAAAAAUAAACAAUACUGCCUAAAUUGUGGUUUCAAGAUUCAAAAAAAUAAAAUAUUAACUCCUUUUCCACACCCCUUUGAGAUGACUGACAAUUUAAGAGAAAUCUUCAGUCGUGUCGAAUUAAAGUGUGUGUUGUGUGUGUUUUUACCAGGGAAACCCUCUUUAGAUUUAUCCAUGUUAUGACGAGCAUGUACAUUUUGAAUUAUUUUAAUGAAAUGAACUCCAUCUUAACAGAAUAGAAUUGGUAUGAGAUGUACAACAUUGGUCACAUGCUGUUAAGAAUUGCUUUGAAACUCAACAUUAUGCCACGUGCAUUGCCAGAUCAGUGCUGGCUGUAAUUUGAAGCUGUCUCCGUUUUGUUUGGCUUGUAAUAUUUACAUUGCAAUGUAAAAUGUAUUUUGCUUUCACACCUGUCGUUGUAAUUUAGUUAUCUUGUUAAAUGCGUAUUUCAUGAUAUUUUAGAUAAAAACCUAAACUAUUUUUUUUGCUCUC